AGAGAGAGAGAGAGAGAGGGAGAAGGAGGGAGAGGGAGAGAUAGGGGAGAUGGAGAGAAGCAGCAUGACCUCCUAGAAAGGGAAACUCAGCUACCAUAAUACGUACACUGAUUUUCAUGUUUUCCAAUCCCAAAGGAAACACAACCUCUCUAUACAUUUUAACAUCUACCAUCUCAUCUCUGUCAUUCACUUUAUCUCUCUCUCUCUCUCUAGUAAUUUCUUCUCUGUUCAUUGCUCUUUGUGCUCAUGGAAACCAACACCACUGCUACUCCUGCAAGCGCACCUGCAAACAACCAUACCCAUAUUCACCAUCACUCUCAUUCACAACCGGAUACCCAUCACCAUGGCAUUCUCCCCUCCAAUUCCAUGCUUGUUAUCAUCAUACCCACCAUCUCAAUUUUGCUCCUUGUUGCCAUAAUUGUAAUUGUAAUAAUGCUCCGGCGACUCAAAUCUGCAAAAAACAGAGGCAGCAGCAAAAGCAAUAGCAGCAGCAGCGGAAACCAGAAUUGCAACUUCAUCGCUCAUACUGCUAUAAACUUCAAUUCUAGCCCAGAUGUGAAGAGUGGGUGUUUAUAUGGAGGAAGUUUGAUCCGUGCACCUGCAAGUAGAUUUAAAGGAGUUCAAGUAUUCACAUACAAGGAGCUUGAAAUGGCCACAGAUAAGUUCAGUGAAGCCAAUGUGAUAGGGAAUGGAGGGUUCGGAGUGGUGUACAGAGGAGUCCUUAGCGAUGGGACUGUGGCAGCUAUCAAGGUGCUGCGCAGGGAUGGGAAGCAAGGGGAGCGUGCAUUCAGGAUAGAGGUGGACCUACUGACCCGUUUACACUCUCCUUACUUGGUGGAGCUGCUUGGCUACUGUGCAGACCAACACUACAGGCUUCUGAUAUUUGAAUACAUGCCUAAUGGUACAUUGCAAAGCCAACUCCACCCCUCCCACAACCAACAGAGAGUGUUGGAUUGGGGAACACGGUUGAGGGUGGCCCUUGAUUGUGCUAGGGCCCUUGAGUUCCUCCAUGAGCAUGCAGUCCCCUCGGUCAUUCACCGUGAUUUCAAGCCCAGCAACAUUCUCCUAGAUCAAAAUUUCAGAGCCAAAGUCUCUGAUUUUGGCUUGGCCAAGACAGGUUCUGACAAGAUCAAUGGUCAGAUUCCGACUCGGGUAAUUGGGACCACUGGAUAUCUAGCCCCCGAGUAUGCUUCAUCAGGAAAGCUUACUACAAAAUCAGAUGUGUAUAGCUAUGGUGUGGUUCUUCUAGAGCUCUUAACGGGCCGUGUACCACUUGAUACCAAGCGCCCCCCUGGAGAGGAUGUCCUGGUCUCAUGGGCUCUUCCAAGGUUAACUAACAGGCAAAAACUAGUGGAAAUGGUUGACCCAGCUCUACAAGGCCACUACUCAAAGAAGGAUCUAAUUCAGAUAGCCGCUAUUGCAGCUGUGUGUGUGCAACAUGAAGCAGAUUACCGGCCCCUAAUGACAGAUGUUGUGCAGUCACUAAUCCCUCUGGUUAAGAAUCACUCUUCUGUUAGUUCCUCUUGUUCCUCCAGAUUUCAGAUGCUGAGCCCAAGGUAUUAGGAGCUUCAUGGAAGAUGCAAAAUUGAUCUGUUCAAAAUCCAAGCAACCCUUUCCAGGUUCAUCCCACAGAGAGUCACUGAAAAUAUUCAGCAAUUUUUUAUUAAAAAAAAAAAAAAAGAUUCUAUGGAUUCUUUCAGACCCCAUUCAAUAUUUUCAUGUCUUUCAGCAGGGUUUAUGUGAUUGAGAGUCUUAGACAAGAGUCAUAGUUGGCCAGCCUGAUUUUUCAGCAUCUUAAAAGUCCCACUGUGCAUUUCAUAUUAAUACAGCUACUAGCUUUAGCAACAACCAUUACCAUUCACCAGAGCAAGUAACAUGAGGAGAGAAGCAAAACUUAUCAGAGAAGCCAGCAUCAAUACUCUGAAUCAGAAGGCAGCUUGGGAACUUGGCUUGGUACAUAAGAUGUUAUUGUCCUUUGUAAGCAACCAUCUUGAACCAUAGAAUAUCCUGUAAACCAAUUUAGGUACGUUGUUAAAGAUUAGUGAAUCCGUUACUAGAUUCUUUGCUUGAGGUUCUGGAAUGAAAGAGACGAUUGCAGUCUGUGUGCAUGUCUGUAAUUGAACCCUUCCCAGAAAAAAACAUGAAAGUGAAUACUAAAUUACUUCUUUUCAAGGGAA